AUGAGGUCCUCCAUGAAGGGUGAGAUGGAGCGAGAUCCAACGAUGGAUUCACGUAUUGUGCACUCGGUGGGUGUCAGCAACAAGAAAGAAAUGUCAACGCUGCACCACAAGGAAAGGUCGCUUAAAAGUGCAAAAAAUGUCCAAGAACACAUCCAUCGCAGGGAAGAGAAAGAACUUAUUCGACAGCUCACCAAGCUACAAGAUGAGAAAUGCAGACGACAUCCGGACAUGCUAAAUUCACGCUCUCAGUCUCGAACAAGUUCCCGCCUUUCUGGACCGCGUACGGAUAGCAACACUAAUAUGAUCCUCCAGGUCAAUCAUACAACAGGUCACUUGCCCGGUGGUGGAAAGUUGACAGGGGGUAAGUCCAUUCACAACGCAUCGGUAGGUUCUCGGUCACAACUGACUGGACACCAAACUGCGACCCCCUCCGGACUUCAGAGAGGCCGAUCAAGUCAUCAGGCUCUGAUGACCAGGCGACAGUCUGUCGACAUCAUGCGCGAUGGCGUCGGUCCGGUCCCCGGCUCGUCCGGACGGUACACAUCCAUCUCUGACCUCACACGUGGCCAUGCUGGGAUGACUGGGAUAGGAUCGAAGCAUACGAGUGUUGGAAUCAGUCCUCAGGUUUCCUACGAGCUCAAUCAAGGGCCACCUCCAGUCCACCAACCGGCUGGCUACGGACAUACCAUCAAGGAAUAUGUGAACAGGGAAGGGCUUAACAAGAAAAGACCAGCUCACAGUUACAUGGAACCCAAGGGAGGCUCCAUGCAUCGACGAGCCAGCGUAUCCAUGGAAGAUCGCAUGAAAGGAUCGCAGAUGACGCUUGCCCGACCUGGCGACACCGGAAGUCGAAUCUCCCUCAAUACCUCUUUUCAUAGUCACCACCAAGGGCCAAGGGCGUCGAGUCACCUGUUGGCAGGUGGUGGACCUCGUUCCAGGGAAUCGGGUCAUAUGAUUGCCGGUCCGCCAACCUCUUCCCACGGCAUGGCCAUACCAAGUCGAUUCCUACUCAGCAAGCUCUUCAGUGGACAAGCAGUCUUAGAGGAGACUCCAGAACAAGAACGCAAAGAGAGCAAGAGGCAUCGCACACCCAGUGACCAUUCGAGUACAGAAUCUACAGAAUCGGAAACAGUUCUCAAUCUGGAGUGUCAUGAUGACUUGGACGAGGGUGAUGAGCCUUCCACCAGCCAAGGCAGUGAUCACAAAGUCCAUUUCAAAGAAGAAAAGAAGCAAGAGGAUAAAGCAGUAGAUGACACUCCCGCUGCAACAAGGAAAGAGCGCCGAGUUGGUAAAAGUGACCAUGUGGUUGCAGCACGUCGAGAAUCCCCAAGCAAAUUUAAAUCUAAUCGAAAAUCUGCACAAACGAAAGAACAACCCAAAAGUAAAAUAAGUCCGCCAAAAGACAAGAAGGCGACGAGUAAGAGUGCUCAUGUUGUUAAGUUAAGCAGUGAGUCCAAACAUGACCAUCAUGAUUCAGGUCGGGAACACAUCAAGAAAGCUAAAUCUAAAGAUGCUUCACAUAGUCAUAUCCACAUUCCAAUGGAUGUUCUGAAUGAUCUUCGCUCGGCCUUAUACAACAACAAGGCGGAUGGUGCUGGUGUAAACAUCGAAGAACUCAUCGCCGGCAGUGUCGGCAGCAGCACGGCCUACGACCCUUCCAGCAACUCCGUUCAAAACCGUCGGUUUCGUGCUCAACUUCGCGCGCUGCAGUGCAUCAACUCGCAAGCGGCCGCUCAAAGGCAACAGCACGACGCCGAUCCUGCGAUGAACUUUGACCCGCUUCAAGUCCUGCGAUGCCGCUACUUGCGACUCUCCCAGUCCAACAUUGACACUCUACUUGAAAUGUGCCGCGAAUCGGGCAUCGAGGUCGGCGUCCAUCCUCACAUGAACAUCGAAGACAUCGGGAAAUUUGUGUUUGAUAGUAAGAAACCGAAGUCGAAGACCUCAAGCUCGACUAGUGUCAGUGUGGAGAAAGUCAUUGUUUGAUAACUUUUAAUCAAAGGGAAUCAACCCCUCUCUAACCUUAGUAUAUAUGUUUAAUGUUUCACCUGUAUGGUAAAUAGUCAUACAACAUACGGCUAAUCUGAAAAAAAACCUGUCCGUAUGUACACUUUGGAGUAUCUAUCACACUAAACGUCAUUGUACGUCUGAUUUUGGAUUUUUUUACAUCUUUGAAGUCGUGAACAUAUGUGUAAAAAGAUGAAUUCCAUUUUAGGAGCAUUUUCAAAAUACUUUCACUUUGUUUUGUGUCAAAGGACGCAUAUGUUUAAUUUCCGAAACUAUGUCAUCUAGUAAAGAAAGAUUAAAUUUGUUAACCAUCACCAACAUACAAACUUCGUUGUUUCGUAUCUCUCAGAAGACUGAUUGACAGUUCUUGAGUUGUUCGAAUAUAAACCACUCUAUCGCAAACAGUCAGAUGCAGAGCAAUGACUAGAACUCAUUUGUUAGGUUUUCAAGACUAGACACUUGCGAAAGGUAUGACGUCAUAUUGAGUAUGUGGUUUGAUUGGUGAAAAGUUUUAUCGAGGCUGCGGCCUGUGGGCCCCGUCUCUGACUGGUCUACGGCCACUGAAGAGCUGUGACGCCACAUAUCUUGAUUUGUUCAAAGACCGGGAAUAGACCAUUUCGAACGUAAUUUGUGCGGUGGGUGUUGGUAGAACAGUCUGUGUGGAUGUUGCAUAAAGCUGUUCGUAACUUAUGAACGGCUUUACGAUCGACUGGUGAUCCUUUCUUGAAACUACAUCAGCACCAAUGAAAAUAUGGUGUGGAUAUCAUUUACAUCAAUAAAGAAUAACCAGUUGUUCGUGAAGUCGCUCUUAACUUACAAACAGCUUUAUAAAAGACCCACCGGGAUGUGCGGGAAAGACUUCAUUUAUUGGUGUGACCAUGAUAGUACCGAAACCGAUAAUUUGACCACCAUGUAGCGUUUCAAGUUCAUGUUCAUCCAUUCAAUUAUAUCCUAAUUUGGAACAAAACGGAUGUGCCUUUGUAAAUCCCCAAUAUUUCGCCUUACCAAUACGCUUUCACGCAGGAAAUGACUAACUAGGACCUGGAAAAACCUAUCCUUCAUGAUUUUCUUCGUCGAUUUCUUGUCCUAACUAAAAAAUCGAUUCCCCCACCCAAUAAUGUUUCAAGAGGAAUCACUGAGAGUUUUAUUUAAUAAGCAUCAUUGCACGAUUCGCAAUAGUAAAACAAACCCCCAGUGUUAUUAGCCCCCAGUGUUGAGUUAAUCGUCCAUAUAAUAUGUACAAGUACGCUUAUGAAAGCUUAUGCCAUCAUGGCCAUGGCAAUUAGCUUAUAAAUCUCAAGGGAUUCCUGUUUGACCUAUAAGUUUGCGUUUAUGAUUACAGCAUUAGCUGUAAGAGAAAAAUCUACCUCUUGAAUGAAUUUUAAACAAGUCAUGUUUUACAUUUAGUUACAAUAACACAAAUAGAUUUAUUUCACAAAGAGCUGACCAACAAUACAAACAUCAUUGUAAAGUAUUCUGUCAAUUAUUAAUCUUUUUUUCUGGAAAUUACGUAAAAAUGUUCGUUGAAUAAAUAUGAAGUAAUGAAGUAAGUAAAAUUGAGACAUUUCAUCGAUGCUCAUUAAUAUUGUGAGUCAACCUAUUCAAUAGGAGCUAACUUUGUUAAGUAUGUUGCUAAUUUGUUAGCUCGGAUUAACAAAAUUCAACUAUACUCCACUGAUACAAAUUAAUUUAAUAAUGUAGUGAUAUUUGUUAAUAAAUUCGAGUCAAUUCACAUCGGUUCCAUUCAA